GUCAGUCAACUGAUACAUGCAAACAAAGAAGAGGAAGCUGCGGAAAAGAUGGUAUAGACGAACCUCUCCUUCUUGCUGGAUGUGUAGUGCUAGUGUGUAUAUAUAGGGGGUAGCGCUAGCACCGGAUCGUGGACAUACCACAAGGUGUGCAGCUAGUGCUACAGCUAGCGAGUAGAUAAUCAGAUUCAGAGGUGCCUGUGGCGCAGCAGAAGGUUGCCAGCCAUCAUGUUCAACGAUGACGACCAGCCUAUCGCUCCUGUUUCGAAACCAGGGAGGUCCGCACUAGGGUUCAGCGAUGCGGGGAAGGCGUCGGUAAAGGCAGACCACAACAAACAGGCUCCUCUGAAGGCCAACACCGUGCGCGUGCUGCUGGAUGUGAGUAGCUCGUCCUCCACAGCCAGGAGGGCCGCGCUGGACCUGGUGGUGGUGCUGGACGUCAGCGGCAGCAUGGCUGAUGGCGGCAAGCUGGACCAGCUCAAGUUGGCCAUGCAGUUCGUCAUCAAGAAGCUCAGCCCCAUGGAUCGUCUGUCCAUCGUCACCUUCUCCAGCCGCGCGUCCAGGCUCUGCCCGCUGCGCGCCAUGUCCGAAGCUGCCAAGUCCGAUCUCAAGGCCAUCGUCGACGGCCUUGCUGCCCGCGGCGGGACCAACAUCCAGGCUGGCCUCGAGACCGGCCUGGAAGUUCUGGGCAGCCGUCAGUACAUCGCUGGCCGCACCGUUAACAUCCUGCUCAUGUCCGACGGGCAGGAGAACAAUGGUGAUGCCAGGCAAGUCGGCAAUACGCGCAACGUGCCCGUCUACUCGCUUGCCUUCGGCAUGGGCGCCGACAUCAAGCUGCUGCAUGAGCUCGCCAAGAACGGCGGCACGUUUAGCCCCGUACCGGAGAACGGGGGCAUGGACAUGCUCGCCGUCUUCUCGCAGCUGAUGGCCGGCCUCCUCACGGUGGUGGUGCAGGACCUGCAACUUAUUCUGUCCAAGCCCACUAGCCCGGACGCUGAGCUUGAUAAGAUCGUCAAGGUUGCCCCCGGAGAUUUCAACCAAGAAACCGAAAGUCAGUCCGGCACGAUCACCGUCAAGUUCGGCGACCUCUUCAGCGGAGAAGUGCGCAAGGUCGUUGUGGACCUCUUGCUCUUAGAGACCAAUGAAAGCGACUACGAGACAGACAUCCUCGAUGUCGCGGUCAGCUACCCUGAUGCCCAGGGGGCAAGGCAGAAAUUCAGGGGCCAAACUCUCCACAUAACGCGCACCGCGACCGCGAGCAGUGACGCGACCACGAGGCCGCUGCAGGCCGAGAUGGCUCGCCGGCAGCACGCCGACUCCAUCAGCGCGGCAAGGUCCCUGGCUGACGGGAAGAACCUGGAGGGCGCUCGGGACAAGCUGGUGGAGGCGCAGAACGCGCUGGAGGACAUCCUGGACCAGGCUAACCCCAUGGUGGGCAUGCUUAGGACGGAGCUGCAGCAGCUGCUCGACCGCAUGGAGUCGCAGGAGCUCUACGAGACGGAAGGCCGCCCCUACGCCCUCGCCUCCGAGACCUCCCAUGCCCGCCAGCGCUUUGCCGCCAGGGGCGACGUCGAGGGGGUCCGCCUCUUCGCCACGCCCCGCAUGGACGCCUACCUCGAGCAGGCCAAGCAGUUCGCCAAGGAUCCCGACGCGCUGCUACCCACCGCGGACGAGGAUGCCCAGGAAGAAAUCAAGGCGAACCCAAUGGCCGCCAUCGCUGGACCACUUGCCUUCUACAUCCAGGCCGCCGUCCAGGCGCUGCAGGCCAUAGAGAAGAUCGUCAUCGCCACCUCCAACGUCUAGGCCUAGCCUAGCUACCUGCAGGCUACUACCCAUCCACCUCUGGCUUGCUUCUCCGUUGUUUGCUUUGCGUCAUUUGCUUUCGUCACCACGCCACAAGCACGUCCAGAUUACUUUCUGCCUUGAAUAAAUUUAAUCUAUCACUGUACAAUGAUGAUAUGCGGAAACUGCACAUUUAUUAUUUCAUCAAUCUACCACUGUAUUAUUAUUAUAUCCUUGAAAACACUUUGCUUGAAUAA